UGGAAAGAAGAACAGUUGCAAGAUGCUUUUUCUUAAAUGGAUUUACUUAGGUUUUGGCCUCAUCACUUCGUCUCAUGUUUGUAUGUCUGCUGGUGAAAUAUACACUUCGCUACUGAACGUAAAAGAGGCGAUCGCUAUUGAACGGACACUGAUAGAUACUCUGGGAACGUACAUUGACCACGAACUGGAAAGACUUGAGGACCUUAAACGAUUCCACUCUAGGGUGUCUGACCUGCACAACGCCGUUUACAACGGAUCCACCACGGCCAUGGCUAACCCCCUGAUCGCAUUCACUCUGAUCAAGCGCUUACAGUCUGAGUGGGCCAACCUGGUCUACAGCAACGAAGCCUCCGAGAACACACAAGCCCUGAGGUCCGGUUUCAAGGCGCUGGAGGCCAGCCUGCCCAAGAUGGAGGACCUGCAGGGGGCUGCUAAGGCCCUGAUGCGGCUCCAGGAUGUUUACGCUCUCCAGGUGGGGAGCCUGACCCGGGGUCGCUUCCAGAGAGCUGCACGGGGCGACCCCGUGGACAUCUAUCGGCCCGCAGUCUCGGUCCCUCUCUCUGGCGACGACUGCUUCCUGGUUGGAAAGGUGGCCUACGAACUGGGGGAUUUCUACCACUCGGUGCCGUGGCUGGAGGAGUCGGUGCGUCUCUUCAGGGGGUCCGGAGGGGCGUGGAGGCCGGAGAACCAAGGCACACUGGAGGACGCCUUGGACCAUCUGGCCUUCUCACACUUUAAAGAGGGAAAUGUGUCCUACGCACUGAGUCUGUCUCAGGAGUUGCUCCACCGUGAUCCAAUGAAUGGACGCGUUCUGCAGAAUGUGGAGAAAUAUGAGACGCUGCUUGUCCAGAGCACAUCCCUGCCCGUCAGCCAGGGUGUUGGAAUGAGGAGGCCCAACUCCACCGCCCUGAGAACCAGGAACACGUACGAACGGCUCUGCCAGACGCGAGGCUCGCAGCCCAAGCAUUAUGAAAACCAAAGACUGUUCUGUGACUAUUUCACCAAUGGGGAUCCUGUACUACUGCUGCAGCCAAUUAGACGUGAGGUUCAAAGCCUGCAGCCCUAUGUGGUUCUUUAUCACAACUUCAUCACAGACAAGGAGGCAGAGGACAUCAAGACGCUGUCCCAGCAAGGGCUGAGAAGAUCGGUUGUGGCAUCUGGGGAGAAACAAGAAACAGCCGACUAUCGCAUCAGCAAGAGCGCUUGGCUGAAAGACUCUGCCAGUGUCCUCAUGGGUCAGAUGGACAGACGCAUCGCGCGGCUCACCGGCCUGAACGUGCGCACCCCUUACGGAGAGUACCUCCAGGUGGUCAACUAUGGGAUCGGUGGCCACUAUGAACCGCAUUUCGACCACGCUACGUCUGCUUCAAGCCCUGUGUUCAAACUCAAAACUGGAAAUCGAGUGGCAACAUUUAUGAUUUAUCUCAGUUCAGUAGAGGCCGGUGGCUCCACGGCCUUCAUCUACGCCAACUUCAGUGUUCCGGUGGUGAAGAACGCUGCCCUCUUCUGGUGGAACCUCCACAGGAACGGUCGAGGGGACGAGGACACACUGCAUGCAGGCUGCCCUGUGCUGGUUGGGGACAAAUGGGUCGCCAACAAGUGGAUCCACGAGCACGGCCAGGAGUUCCGGCGCCGCUGUGCUCUCGACCCAGAAGAGUGAGCGAGAGGGGGAGGAGAGAGAGAGCGACGGGCCCACUCGGGGCACUAGAGCCCCUCCUCAUCCUGGGACAGAGAGGCAGGCUGCCCAAGCAGC